AUGGAUCCCAACGCAAUCUCACCAGAGCUCCGCGAUAAAAUCCAAUGGGCCGGAAAUGGUGUGUUAACGUAUCGUGAUGCCCACACACACAUGAAGAACCCACCACCCCCGCAACACGGGUACGGAGCGCCCCAAGGGAACUAUCAUCCAUACGGGAACAGCGCCUGGGCCGGUGCUCCUAGUAACUCGCAUGCGCCGUCGCAGUAUGCCCCAAGCACCGCUUACUAUCCUCAGUCAUCAGACUAUGAGGAGAGUGUCUACGAAGCCGGGUCCGAAGCCGAGUCGGAGCAGAACACGGUCGGGAGUCUCUCUCGGACUAAUAGCAAUGGAUCUCGGUCGCGCGCUGGGGGUAACCAGAGCCGGGGCCCAAGUCCAUUAUCAAACCAGGUGCCUGCUGGCGGACCGUCUAGUCAUUCAUCGUGGAGACCGCCAUUCGCAUCCCAUUUCGGGAGUGAUCAGGGCUCUGUCAGCUCGAACCGGGCAGAGACGAACACCUUGCCACUAACAAGGGCUAACGUAAGUGCCGUGUCAGAUGCAUCUCAGCGCAUAUACCUGACACCGUCGCAGCUGUACAAUAUGAACCAUGUGCCACGCAGCAUACCGUCACGGGGCAGUGAAACGCGUCAAUAUCGCAACCAAGCGAGCUCCCCAGGCCCCAGGAGGCAGAGCCAUCGACGAGAUAGCGUUGUGGACUCGGACAGCGGAACCGGUGGGGCCCCCCUCUGGCCUUCAAGGUCAAGGAGAAGUGGUGCUUAG